AUGCCAACAAAGCUUUCUGUUGCAGUGGGAGAUGAACCCCAAAAGAUGGUUCCUAAAGAAAAGAAGGACUAUACUCCAGAGGACAUCUCAUCAAUUAGUAAGGAUGCAAAGGUGAAGCAUCUGUUGCAUAGUGCUCUAGACAAUGCCAUGUCUAACAGGGUAAUUGGAUGCAAAACUGCAAAGGAGAUAUGGGAUGCUUUGGAAACAAUUGACAAAACUUUAUUCUAUCUCAACCAUGGUAAUGAUCUGCUUUUAGUUCAAGUUUAUGUAGAUGAUAUCAUUUUUGGAUCUACUAAUCCUAAACUCUGUGAGAGAUUCUCAAAGCUAAUGCAGUCCAGAUAUCAGAUGAGCAUGAUGGGAGAAAUGAGCUAUUUUCUGGGACUUCAAGUCAAACAAACUGAUGAGGGUAUUUUCAUUAAUCAGUCUAAAUAUACCAGGAACCUGCUAAAGAAAUUUGGCAUGCAGGAUAGCUCAGCUGCUACCACUCCAAUGGCAACUGCCACUAAGUUAGAUAAAAAUACUGGUUCACCAGUAGAAAUUACUAACUACAGAGGUAUGAUAGGCUCACUACUAUAUCUGACUGCUAGUAGACCUGAUAUCAUGUUUGCAACCUGUCUCUGUGCAAGAUUUCAAGCAGAUCCAAGAGAACCACACCUUGUAGCAGUCAAAAGGAUUUUCAAAUAUCUCAAAGGAACAGUUGAGAUGGGACUCUGGUAUCCCAGAGAAUCAGACUUUACACUGAUUGGUUACUCUGAUGCAGAUUUUGCAGGAUGCAAAAUAGACAGAAAAAGUACAAGUGGAAGUUGUCAAUUUCUAGGAGGAAGAUUAGUUUCUUGGUUCAGUAAGAAACAAAAAUCUAUCUCCACAUCCACUGCAGAAGCAGAGUAUAUUGCUGCAGGAAGCUGCUGUGCUCAGAUUUUAUGGAUGAAGAAUCAAUUACUGGACUAUGGGUUAACUUUGAAUCAAAUUCCUAUUUAUUGUGAUAACCAAAGUGCUAUUGCUAUGACAGGAAAUCCAGUACAGCAUUCCAUGACCAAGCAUAUCAGCAUAAGAUAUCAUUUUAUCAGAGAGCAUGUGAUGGAAGGGACAGUAGAACUUCAUUUUGUCCCAACAGAUCAGCAGUUGGCAGAUAUCUUCACCAAACCUCUGGCUGAAGCAACAUUUACAAAGCUUGUAAACGAAUUAGGG